GGAGGUUUUGAACUUAAAUCCUUUGGUGGGGAGCUUGUUUAAGGGCUACUUGGAUGUAUGGUUUGCCAAGGUACUCACAAGCCUAUGCUGAUGAGGUGGACAAAUUUAUUACAAUCGCACUGAAUCAUGCAAAGACGUUGUCAACAGGAAAUAAUUGUUCAGUUAUUUGUCCCUGUAAAGAUUGCAAGAACCACUUAGCAACUUAUGAUGUGGAAAUCAUCAGAUCACAUCUGAUUAGGCGAGGAUUUGUCCCGAACUACACAGUAUGGCUUCAUCAUGGUGAAGUAAUGUUUCUUGAUAGCAACGAUGAUGACCAAGAAGACGAUGUUGAAGAAGGCCAAUUGUUGUCCCAAUACGCAGACAUGUUUGAAGCACAAAUGCAACAUGAUUCAGCAAAAUCUUUGGCCUUAAGUGAAAAGAACAGCUUGCAGGCGAAGAAGAACAUCCACCACCCUCGUCUAGGCCCCGGUGGCUACGAGGGAAAGGAAGAGAUGUUUAGAAAGAUGGAAGAGGAGGCCGUAGCUGCUGGGAAUACAAAAGUAAUGAAAUUGAAGCCACGCACCAAGCGUUGGCUCUUUGCAAGGAAUCUUGAAGAAUCAGGCAGCAGUCUGAAAUUUGCCAAGCCAGAGACCGAGGAGGCAGUGUCAAGGAUAAUGAAAUAUUCUGAAGACAUCGAGAAGGGCUCAUUCACUCCUUCUAGAGAGAAGGACGAGCUUAGCCUUGGCUUGGGAAACCCCGAGCACCCAGGCCGUGUCAGGGGUUUAGGGAAACAUAAGACCUGGAAGGAAGGAUUUUGA